UGGAGUCCGUGUUUGAUUUAUUCCUUCGGUUCAACAUAAAAAGUCCAUAUCCGUUUGUUGCAGUCUGAUGGAUCUUGCAGCAGCCGCUUUAUGCAUUGGCUUUGCCUCCCUAAUGAAAUUUUCAAGCAUUAGCAAAAAGAUGACUUGUGAGCUUUUACGUCGAGCUAUACCGGUGAAUGACCUGAAAGGGUUGGGGGAAUUUCUUGAAAAUAAUAAGAUAGAAAACCCCGCUGUUGUGGUACAUGGAACAGUUGGAUCAAACUCAACGGUGGAGAACAGCCGUUUGGGUGUUUUCGUCAAGGAAAGGGCUUCACUUGAGUUAAAGAAGAUGAAACUCUUUGUCUCGGCAGUACUGGACUCGAGCGGUACCAUCAUCGAGGGCAUGGCUUCACUUGAGUUAAAGAAGAUGAAUCUCAUUGUUUCAGCAGUACCGGACUCGAGCAGAACCAUCAUCAAGGAAACGGAUUCAGUUAAGUUUGAGAAGACGAAGCUCUUUGAUUUGGCAGUACAGGAAUCUAAAACCAUUUUUGUGAGCCGUAAGGGAAGUUCCUUGGUAUUUGUUGCUUCUAUUUCCACGAUGAUAGGAUGAUGGUACUGCUCGAGUCUAUGUAUUGAAUUACCAAUAUGCCGCAGGAUUUUAUGAUACUUUAAAAACGUACUGCUCUACUGAACCAAUCAUUGCAUACUUUAAAAGCCCUGUUUCUGAUGAAAAAAUCAAGAUUACUGAGGAUAUUGACUGUAAAAAUUGUUCUCAAGUUCUUGAGAUUGGCACGUAUUUGACUGUUGUUGGUAGGGCUGAGAGAGACAAAGAUGGAGCUCCUACGAUAGGAAACGCAUUUCAGUUCUUCAUUGGACAUAGAGAACUUAACGAAUUGGUUACGAAUUUGGAAUCAGAAUCAGAGUAAGAAAUAUAUCUUAUUUAUUUUAAUUACUGAAUAUGUACUUUCUCAGAAUGUUUCUCUUGUCACAUUUUGCAGGGGGUGUGCGACUUUAUCCUUUUCCUUAACAGUUUUGGGUGCUAUUUUGCUCGCUCUGAACAUAAUGCAAACAGCUGUAGAAAGAUCGUGAUGAUACAGCUUAUAUUACUGCUUUCAAUUUGAUAUUUUUUUUGUUUUGUUUUUAGCUGUCAUCAUAUCUAUUAGUCGCUGACUAUGUAUAUUUAUCAAUCAGAUUAAAACAA